AUGCCAUCACUCAGCCUUGCUAUUUGUUCGGACGAUGCCCUAAACUACCGUGCAAAUACAAGUCGCAGUCGCUCCACGAGCGCGUUCGUCUCGACGAUGCCCCAAGGACUAGCCAUACGAACUCAACCGAGACAGAAGUUCUACUCCAUCGCUUUCACCAUUUCCGUCCUCUAUCUCUGCGCCGCCGAGGUCUAUUUUCAAGACAUCACGAAGCCAGAUAUCAACACAACUGUAAAUACUUUCCAGUUCGUCGCUGCUCUUCAUAAUGUGAUGAUAGGUAUUUCCGAUGGGGCAAUCGCCGUCUAUUAUCUCAAAUAUGAACUCUACCGUGGAAUGGGUCUUUCCUACGCGCGACACAUCUCGCGACCAAAAAUCACGCUCUCGUCGCCUAACUUCUCAAGACCUAUCAUGAGACCCCUGGCUCAGACGCAAUGCAGCUCUCCUGUCGACAUCACUGGUGUCUUUGAAAUGUUCAAUGCCACAUUCCCGGCCGACCAGCUCCAGCCUUCGUCUGAACAAACCUUCGCUUCUAGCCUGUCUCAAGUCGUCAACAUAACGAGCUACAAGACGUCUUCUCCUGUGGUGCAGUUCAUAGAUCUCACUAAGACUGCCGGUCAACCACUGACGGGAGCGCUAGUAGGCAUGAAUUUCAGUGCUGUGAGGAAUCUUUCAUUCCAUCGUGACGAGGCUGUUAGACUCAUGGGAUGUACCCUGACUGCCCAUUGGGUUCCAACGACUAUGUCGAUAGACCCAAACGUUGGCAAUGUCGUUAUACCGGACUACCCGAAUCCGUUGGACAUGGUCAAUUCCCGGGAGCUCAUGGAGCGUGCUCACCCGAUAGACAUUCAACACAGUUACACUUAUCGUGUGGAUGCGCAGCUUGAAGGUCUCCGUGUCAAUGUCUUGGAGUACGAGCUUGGUCGGUCUGGUAUCAAGCCAGACCUUCAUUUCGAUGGGUCAUGGAAGCACCGGUGGUCAUGGGUAGCAGCUACCCUGCUGUCCAUGCAAAUGACCGAUGCAUUGGCCCGGAUCAACACAGAUACAACCAUGUAUACUUAUUGCUACCUCUGCCGAGACCAAAGUGAGUCUUACUCCAAGGGGAAAUCCGCAGUCACGAGUCUUGCCAAUCAAAAUGUGCCAACCCGAAACAUCAAGACAGGGGCUUCAGAAGCAGAUUGGGCCAGCGACAUCGUAAAUCAUCCAGACUUGUACAUGCCGGUCAGCUGGACCGUCCAGCGAUACGGCUACGGUUGGAGCCUGAAGGGAACCACGGCGAUCCUGGCUGCGGUUGUCCUUCUGGUCCAAGUAUCCCUGGUUAUAGUCUACCUCUAG